AUGGAGGGGAGAUUUGGUCUGAUAAGAUACCCAACGCUUCCCUUAUCCUAGUAAACUUCUCCUUAAAUGAUCAAGACAAGCUGAGACCAAAAACUGUGGCCUUUCUUAAACGGAAAUAUUCAGAACUUUGGUCCUAAUGUCCUAGAUUUUUCUGUCUGCUGCCACAUCAAGCAAUACAAGGUGACUACAAGGACAAUGGCGCAUGGAUAUUUUUCAAAACAGAAACUUGCUGUUUCAAUACAGGUCUUUUCCUAACAAACUCGAGCAGUGAAAUUGCAAAAAUUAUUCCAAAAAAAAAGUAUAGUUUGGGUGUGAACAGGAAAAACAUUUUGGGCAAAUAUUCUUCAUUCUUUAAGGCAAUUACGUAGAACUUUUUACACCUCGAUUAAAUAAAAGUGUAAACAAAGAGUAUAAUCCAAAGUUAUGCGCACAUUUUCGUCCGUGGAGACUUGUAGAUGUCACUAAUUCAUCUGUAAUCCACUCUCCUUUUCAUCCUUGCCUAUUAAAGGUAUGUGGAAGUUUGAAACAAUAUUAGUCCUUUGUUAAUUUACUUUUUGUGCUUGUCCAUUUUUUGUUUUAGCAUUCUGUGAGUUGUUUGUUGACAGUGAUUAAUUUCAGGAACGAUCACAACUUCUUACUGAGAUCAAUAAUCACGUUUGUUCAUCUCCCCUAAAAUUCGUCUGGUCCGUGAUGCAUGAUCACGGCAUUCUUUUUUGCUAGGGUUGAUACUGUAGUUUGUUAUUUUGUACAAAAACAGUGAUCAACUGGCUUUUCCCCAUUCUUGUUUGUCUGAUAGAUUACUACUUGUUGGCUUGUAAAUGUUAUGGAGAGAUAAAGUAGUUCUCUAAUUUUUGAUUGGUAAGAAUUUCUCCGUAUACUUCUGCUUUUCUUUGAAGGAAACGCCAACAGAUUCUAAUCCAAAAGAUCCCUACCUAUACUACAUCCUGAGAAAGAUAAAGGUAAAGCCUUUUCAAUGAUGAUUGGUGGCCAUGCUUAUUGUAGCAUAGGACGAGGGAAUCAAGACAUCAUUGGGCAUGCUAUAAUACAAGUAUUAGCAGUGUAAUAGGUUUUUCCCCUACAAUAACCUCAAUCAUCGCAGAACAUUUAUCUAUUCCUGCAGCAGUUUGAGCUAGGUGGUCACGAUCUGGGCUCCUCAGUCAGAGUAGUUAACAGCUAACAUGAAGGCACCCAACCCUAUUGAUGAGUUUUUCUUUUCUUUAGGAAACCUUAACACAUGAUCAACAGCUAUUUUGCUGGAGCGAUAUUGCACUUAGCGUUUCUGACAGGACAUUGCGGCGAAGGCAGCAUGAAUUUGGAAUGAGAGUCAAAGGAAAAAAAUUUUCUUCUCCAUUAGCUGCUGAUCUGGACGCCAUUAUAACAAACAUCUGUGCUGUUAUGCCAAGACAACAAGGAUUGGUGGUUCAAAGAGUUAAUGUUCUGCACUCCCUGCGCAGAGUGGACCCUGUGAUGUCUGCAUUAAGAAAUGCACUCUCCAAAUUCACUGUGGUAGGCGAAUAGUGCAAUAGCUUAUUGAUAUCGGGCAGGUUGUAUCACCAGGGCCUCAAAACUCUGACUUAUUUCUUGAUCAAAACCCAAUGAUAUCUGGUACCCCAAGGCCAAUGAAUUUUAUUUCGUGUUUUUCAGCAGCCACUUUCAAAGAACUGGCACAGGAAAGUAUUUAUUAGUUUCUUUGAGCUCUUAGGGACAGUUAAAAGAAUCUACUGUAAAGGUUGAUGUUGGACUUACUUGGUAAAAGUAUCAUACUCUGUAAAAAGAUUGAUAAAAUAAACAGUUAAUGGCUCUUUAUAAUAACUCUAGGUUGGGGUAACAUGCAUUUCUUGGGAGAAAAAAAAGGUGGUAUUUGAAAGUAACAAUAAUAUUAAUAUCAAUUGACACUUAUGGCGCAAUUUCCGUAAAAAAAUUCUCAGUAGUUCAUGGAAGUACUAAAUAAAAACAACUGAAAUAAGUCAAAAAAUGCAUAAAUAUAUACAAUUAACAUCUAAAAACGUAGUAUGGAUUGGACUUUAUGGAAGUGUUGAUAUUGUGAGUAAGAAAUGAACUCUGUCAACUCCACAAUUGUCAGUUAACUUUACAUCUUCUAAGAUCAUGGUUGUAUUGUACAGUGAAUAAUGAUAUUUUUUCUUUGUUACAGAUAAUAAGGCCUGUUUCAUCACGCAAGCUCUGCCAUCUGCAUGGGAUUUAAAGGAUAGCUUCUUGGAAAAUCAUUAGGCAAAUACAUGUAACACGUUAUUAGUAUUAUUUUUUGUAAUUACUGAGCAGUUGAUUUUGCAUUGCAAGUAAAACAUUAUCUUAGUCAUAUAACCACAUCCUAUGAUAAAUGGAAUUGACGCAGUUUGUUUUUAUCAGUCUUAGUGGUUUUGAUUGUAAUCGGUUUAUGCGCAGUAAAUAAUAAUAGGGUAGAUAAUCAGGGAUACGUUAAGGAAAUAGGUGUCAUACUCAGGCGUUAGACACGAGAAGUAACAGUGAGCCUUUGACAAGUUCGGUUUGCUUGCGGACAUACACAGCCAAGGCGUGUACUUGUGGCAGCAAUAAAACUAGCGAGCAUUGUAAUUUUGGGUAGAAUGUUUAGAAUGAUUAUGAUGUACAAAUGAACAAACUCAAUAAGGCAAAGAAAGUGAAAGAUACAGUCCUGAUUGUUUAUUGAACCAGCAAAUUGUUAGACUACACGCCUAAAUCAACCACAAAUUACUCCAAACUUCUAACUCUUUUAAUACGUGUCGGUGGCGUUUUCCGCCAUCUUGCGAUUACAUCAUCUUGGCUAGAGCCAGUCCUUUUCGAUAUUAUUCUAACUAGUUCCAGUUCUCUACAAAAUGUGGAGAUAUUCCAAACACAGUGGAAGAUUCCACAACAACUGGUUCUUCGAGCUGCAAUAGAGAACGUCUAAAAAAAAAAGUAAGAGCAGGCCAUCAUGGAUUCCUCACGAAAAUCAUGGAAGAGGCUGACGAGUGUUCACAUGAAAAAUAUUGA